GAAAAAAAUAUACAAGGGAAGAAAAUAGUAGAAUUUCACCAUGGAAACCAAGAAUAUUGCAGCUCUCGUCUUCCUCAUCGCUGCCCUUCUUUGCCACCUGCGCACAGGUUACGCCCAGCGAUCCAGCGGAAAGUCGGACAUCACGAUCGCGGUGCGCAAGACGGGGAAGGUGGUGGGCAGGCAGCCGGAGUACGAGGCGACGAUCGGGACGUCGUGCUCGUGCCCGAUGAAGGACGUGCGCGUGUGGUGCGGUGGCCUGGAGGACAGCGCAGUGCCGCUGGACGGCGGCAAGGUGGAGGUGGACGAGGGGGUGUGCGUCCUCAAGCAGCCUGUCGUGAGGGGCUCGCCGCUCGUCUUGAGGUACUCAUCGGUGGUGCCGGUGAACUUCAGGGUGUUCAACGCGGCCCCUUACUGCUAAGCGAGCGCGUGUGUGCUUCAAGCAUUAACCAGGUGCCAUGGAAAAGUUGUGGUAUCCCUCGCAAAUAAAGCAGCACUCAGUAUCCUUUUUUGUGUGGC